AUGACUCGCUCGGCUUCCUGGCUCCGGCCUCCGCCGCCCGCCAGUGUCCGCUUGCGUCGUGCCGGGGCCCCAAGCAGCCGUUGGGGGGUCCGGGCCGUGGCCCGCUCGUGUGGAAGCCGCGCCGCUGCCGCCGCCCACCCGCCCAUCUGUCCGUCUUCCCUCCCGGCCGCCAUCAUGCUGGCGCUCAUCUCCCGCCUGCUGGACUGGUUCCGCUCGCUCUUCUGGAAGGAGGAGAUGGAGCUGACGCUCGUGGGGCUGCAGUACUCGGGCAAGACCACCUUCGUCAAUGUCAUCGCGUCAGGUCAGUUCAGUGAAGAUAUGAUACCGACAGUGGGCUUCAACAUGAGGAAAGUAACUAAAGGUAACGUCACAAUAAAGAUCUGGGACAUAGGAGGGCAACCUCGAUUCCGGAGCAUGUGGGAACGCUACUGCAGGGGAGUCAACGCGAUUGUUUACAUGAUAGAUGCUGCAGAUCGUGAAAAGAUAGAAGCCUCUCGAAAUGAACUACAUAAUCUUCUAGAUAAACCACAGUUACAAGGAAUUCCAGUGCUAGUUCUUGGAAACAAGAGAGAUCUUCCUAAUGCCUUGGAUGAGAAACAGCUAAUUGAAAAAAUGAAUCUGUCUGCUAUUCAGGAUAGAGAAAUUUGCUGCUAUUCAAUUUCUUGCAAAGAGAAGGAUAAUAUAGAUAUCACACUUCAAUGGCUUAUUCAACAUUCAAAAUCUAGAAGAAGCUGAAGCAUCUUCUGAAGUCUUCCAGUCCUUCUUGGCUAUAAUCCUAGAAUUAUUGUCCGUUCCUCUGAAGUACUUCCCAGAAUACGGUCCUUCCUAAACCCAAGAAAUUGCCUUUUUCAGAGUUUAUUUCUCAUGUGCACUGCUGAAGAUGUGUAUCCCUAACCCUUCAUAAAGAAUCAGCUAGAGUUGUCAUGAUAAAGUCAGCACACACACAAAAAGGCUUCUUACACAUACUUGUCUUAAACAGUGUGUAGACCUUUUUUUAAAAACACACUUUUGACCAUCUUAAAUCAAGAAAAUUGCUUAUUUCCAUUCUGGUCUUUCUGGGCCAGAUUUUUAUAUUGAUUUUCAGUAAAUGUCUAUCUAGGAUAUUUAAUUGUAGAGUCCAAUAGCUUAAUACUGAUACUGACUUGAGACAGCAUGAAGUUUGUAGUGCCACACACAGUAUUUAGACAACUUUUCAGCCUGAUUCGUGUGGGAUAUAAACAUAAUGUCUAUCUUAUCUCACAAAUGCAUGUGACAUGUUCAUUACACCAUAGAAAUUAAAAACUGGUCUGCAAAGAGGGAGCGGACGCAUCACAUCGAUGUUGUUACUGGUUCUUUACACUGGUGAGGUCUUACCUGGUGAUUUUUAAAAACAUUCUGUUUUCUGAGAAUUCUUCAUCACCAGAUAGCAGUUGGGGAUAGGGGAGGAGCUAAGGCAUGCUGUUUUGUAUCUGUCCAGAUCAUUACUUCUUUUUUUUUUUCCUGGUUCAACACACUUUUAUAAGGGGUUGGGAACUGAAGAUUUUCCCAGAAGCUUUCAUGAAUUUAGAGCAUUCCAGCCAAUAUAAUAAAAUCUGUUAAGACUGUCCGACUUUGUUCAAACACCUGUUUGUUGUUUCUAUCUCUAGUCACUAAAUCAGUGCUUCUGCAUGACACUCUAACUCCUGACUUUUUAUAUCCAGUCAUUAAGUUGACUUUCAGCACAAAUGAUGCUUAUAAACAAAUACAAAUUCUUAUUUUUCUCUCUUAUUGAUGUAAGGUUUGGCACCAUUCUGUUGGGUGCCAUUAGACAUCUUGAUUAUUGUGACAACUCUAGACCUGCCUGCUUUAUUUAAUGUAAUCAUGCGCAAUGUCUACAGGUUGUUUAAUAAUCAGCCACACAGAGAACCGAGGAACUGAUGCUGUUUAUUGUUUGCUUCUGUGAUACAGAGAUGUGUAAAAACUGAAAAUGAACACAUUUUGUAGCUUAGCGAUCUCCAUAUACAUAAAGGGACGAAUGAAUACUGGUUCACUUGUACAUCGUUAUCCACCUAGACCACUGUAGUAGAUAAAACUUACGUGUUGCCUCACACUGUGUGUGAUUUUUGUUUCUUUUGUUACGCAGCACUUACAUGUGGACAGUGCAUUCAUUUCCAAACGUGUUGAGCACUCAGAGUGUAGUCAACAGUAAGUUCUUUCAAUGAAUACCAGUUUUAAUUUAUAGACUGCCAUGGCCUUAAAAAUAUUCUGUACAAAGUACUGCACUGUGUUGCACAGACACUACUUGUUUUUCUCCAGUCACAUUUUUAUGAGGAGAAUCUGGGCUUUUAAAAUUCUGUUCUUAUUCUUUGAAGCAUGUUGCUUACUUCCCCGAUGGAAUGGAUGGUUCUGUAAACGAAGAGUUAUUUAAACUUGCUACUGUAGUUCACAACCAUCAAUGGUCACUGUGAACCGUUACAAAGAAUGUGGCAACUUACUUGUGCUAUGAGGAGAAUUCAGAAAUAGAAUGUGUGACUACGUGAGGACCGCAUAGGUUUGUUAAUUGACCUAUAGUUAAACCUUAGAGUGUUUGUGUGUCUUUUCAUUGCUUUCAGCAUUUCAAGAUCUCCAAACACUAUUACCAACAUUUUCCUGUGCAUUAACCUCUGCAUGUGAAAACUUAACAGUUACUGAAGUUUGUAAAUACGUAUUUUUUUUUUUUUAAUUUAGGUGGAUGCAUUUUUUGUCUGUUUACUGCUCUUCUCAGCUUUAUUCAAUAAACUUCCAUUUUGAGGGUUGUAUUGGCAAUUUUAACUUAAAAUGUGCAUCAUGAUGGAAGGUGCUGUCUUUAUUGGAAAGGGAUGGAAAGACAAAGUUAACAUGAGGAGGGUCUGUAGACCAUGUGCUAGAAAGAAACCAGCUCAGCCCUCUUAAGAUUGGGGUAUGUGGGCUAGUUAAAAUAGAAAUAAACUUUUAAAAUAUCCACAAAAUUGAUACUGUGUUUUUUUUUUGGGGAGGGGGUGGGAGGUGCUACUACUGUAAACUGC